AUGGUUUCUUCAAUUAAAACCUUUUCCAUAUUGUUAUCUGUUUUUAUCUUCCUAUUCCCAUCAGGUACAGGAUUAUAUUCAAGGACUUUGACCAUUACCAACAAGUGCACCUACACAGUGUGGCCAGCAGUUUUAUCCGGCAACGGAAGCUCGCCGCUCCCCACCACCGGCUUCACCCUCCUACCAGGUGACUCCAAUACUCUCCCUGUGCCUCCCGCUUGGUCCGGCCGAUUGUGGGGUCGGACCCUUUGCUCCAUCGACAUCACCGGUAAGUUCUCAUGUGUCACCGGUGACUGCGGAACGUCAACGGUAGAAUGCGCCGGCGGGAACCCCGUCCCACCAGUUACUCUGGUAGAGUUUGAUUUUAAUGGGACAUCCCAGAUGAACCUAUACGACAUCAGCCUUGUGGAAGGUUUCAACCUUCCGGUGAGAGUGGGUCCCAUGGGUGGAAAGUGUUUGGCGUCGAAUUGCUUGGCGGACUUGAACGCGGCUUGUCCGAUGGAGCUUAAGGUGAUUAGGGAUGGACAGACAGUGGCAUGCAAAAGCACGUGUGAAACUGAAGCAUGCCUCAGUUCACUGUUUUUUAAAACCGCAUGUUCUGAUGCUCACGUCUACUCUUACGAUGAUGCCUUCUUCACUUGUUCAUCUUUUCAUUAUACAGUCACUUUCUGUCCCACUCGCAAAAGUUGGAGGAAGGCAGAGAACGAAAAAGAGGCUUCAGGAAAAAACGUAAUGAAAUACACAGGCGUGUUAGCUGUUAUUAGUGUUAUUUGUGGCUUUAUAAUAUUCCAAAUAAGAUUACGUUUAUCAAACAGAGAUUGGGAAAUCAGUUUGAGCGCAGGAACUAUAGAGCUGACACCACAAAUAGCGCCCACCGCAUAA